CAGAACCAUUUUCCAUUGAUGGUGCAAAUGUUACUGCAGGACAAAGUCUUUGUGGAACAGAAAUGUCUACCGCGGUGUUGUCUUUUAAAUUGUUUCCGUCGGAUGAAUCAUUUAAAAUUAACUUCCGAAAAGAUUUGAAUUCAAAUACCGUUUCAAUGUCGGCUGUGCUGAACAUUGAACCAAAGAAACAUUUCGAGAAUGCAAGUGAUAUUCUACCUUUCGAACUCGAGAGUAGCAUUGACUUGCCAAUUGGUAUGACAAACAUGUCAUAUAUAUGUAACUCGGAGCAGAAUAUGUUCUUUAAUCAGGAUCCUGGGUACUUUAUGACGAUGUCGAUUACAAACCUUCACGUACAAGCGUAUGCUAUAGAAAACGGAGAGUUUAGUACAGCUUUGGAAUGCAGCCAAGAUAAUUUUACAACCCUGCCAACAACAGCACCGCCUGAUGAACCUACCACAACAUCAUUAGCACCAGAAACAACGUCUAAAGAAACACCUAUUACCAUUGUAUCAGAAACAACAAUUACAGUUAAUCCCAUCGAUAACUCUACUUCAUCAGAACCAGAGACAAUGUCACCUUCAAAUGAACCAGAAACAACUACCGCAGAUAUCAUUAAAACCACUACACCGAUGAAAAAAAGUCCAAAAUAUGAGGUGAAGGAUGGAGAUAUUGUCUGUAUUGUUAUUCAAGGUAACAUAAGAUUUGACAUUCCAUACGAGAGGAAUGACAGGCAAAUGGGUUACUUAUCUAUUGGCCUUCCUGAAGUAGCAAAAGUGAGUGGGGCGUGCAACUACAAUGAAACAGAUACAAAACAGGAAUUGAUAAUAACAUUUUUCAAUGACACAUGGAGUUUUACUGUACUUAUAGCAGAAGAUGCGGCGAACAUGUUAAAGAAAAAUGACCCUUUGUUACAAGACCUACAAGCUGAGACGUCAUAUUCGUGGCGGAACAUCGAGUUAAAAUAUGUCAUAGAUGAGCAUUUUGAGAAUCCAAAAACUCCUGGACAAGAGGAAACUGUCACGAAAGAUGUCACUGGAAACUUCAAAGCGAGUCCCGAGGGUUCUUACAGAUGCAGUACGGGAGAGACGAUACAAUUAAAAGAAGAUCUUUAUGUUGAUCUGACAGAAUUUCAGUAUAAGGCUUUCAACACAGACGAUUCUGGAGACUUUUCUAAUAACGAUGUGACUGCCUGCCCAACAGACAAACAUGAUGAUGGCGACGACGACGACACAGUCGCAAUCGUUUUAGGUUCGGUGUUUGGAGGAUUAACGUUCAUUAUUUUAGUUGUCGCUGUUGGAGUCUGUGUCAGACGUAGACGAUACAAACACUAUCAGUUCAUGUAAAUCAUCUUCAGAAUGAAGAAAAUAUAUACACUUUAUGUGCUACAAAAGCAUUCAGUCUAACAAUUAUUUGAAAUAAUGAUAAGCAUCAUUGAUGUGGCAUGGUUUUUAAAACAUUAAACAACAUAAAUAAUCACACGGAGAUACAAUGUAGUUAUACACCUCUAAAAGUCCUGUGGUGGUUAAAAAUAUUGACAAAUAAAAUUCGAGUACACAUUUGUAGUUUGACCGACAGUAUU